AGCCCUUGUGUUGGGCAGAAAGAUUCGGUGAUGUUCGAACCACCUACAGCCGGUGGCGAUCAAGUUGUCAUUGAUCUACCAACUGAUAAUUCUAACACACCAGUACCGAUCCCAGAAGGCGGCUUCGCAUUACUCAGUCAUACGUCGUCAAACACAGCAUCGUCACUAACUAGUCCGAUUACAGCGCUGACGUUUGACCCCUAUGAAGAACUGUUGUGGUCGGGCAAUAGUGCGAAUAUAAACGAUAUAAUGUAG